GGAACCACAUAUAUAUUUGGAAAAGGUGGGGCUCUCAUCACGUUCACCUGGGCACCCAAUGAACGGCCGAGCACCCGAGCUGACCGGUUAGCUGUUGGCUUCAGCACUCAGCAGAAGGACGCCAUCCUAGUGCGAGUGGAGAGCACCCAUGGGCUCGGAGACUAUCUUCAGCUGCACAUUGAUCAAGGAAAGAUUGGUGUCAUCUUUAAUGUGGGAACCGAUGACAUCACCAUUGACGAGCCUGCUGUCAUUGUAAAUGAUGGCAAGUACCAUGUUGUGCGCUUCACACGCAGUGGUGGCAAUGCCACUCUCCAGGUGGACAACCAUCCUGUCAUUGAGCGUUACCCACCAGGACACUAUGAUAAUGAACGACUGGCUAUUGCUAGACAAAGAAUCCCAUACAGACUUGGUCGGGUAGUUGACGAGUGGCUACUCGAUAAAGGGAGACAGUUGACCAUCUUUAACAGCCAGGCAGCCAUCAAAAUUGGCGGUCAGGACAAGGGUCGGCCGUUCCAGGGUCAGAUUUCAGGCCUGUACUACAACGGCCUCCAGGUCCUCAAGCUGGCAGCAGAAAACGACCCGAGUGUGCAGGUGGAAGGGAACCUGCGUCUUGUUGGAGAUUCGCUCUCUGCGUUGACCACCGAAACCACCUCUGUAACGCCACUGGCCGUGUCUGACAUGUCCACUACGAUCAUGGAAACCACUACCACUAUGGCUACUACCACCACCCGCAGGCAGCGGUCACCCAGCUUGAGGGAGAGCAUCUCAAAGCCCCAGAGCUCUGAUGAUAUUUUGGUGGCCUCCGCUGAAUGCCCAAGUGAUGAUGAGGACCUGGAAGAGUGUGAACCAGGAACAGGGGGUGAAUUAGUGUUGCCUAUAAUAACAGUGGAUUCCCUUGAGCCCCCAUCCAUCGCCACCCGUUAUCCCGUCAUCCCUCCUCCUCCUACCCUCCUUUCCCCUCUUGAAACCACCAAAGAGUCUUUGAUUCUCCCUCCACACCCUUCUUGCCCCCCGGACCAGGAGGACUGUGGUGACACUGUGGAGGGCUCGACUUUCGGCUCAGGGGAGAUGACGGAAUCCGAUGAUGAGGACUUUUACAAUAAAAACUCCCCCAUGGUCACUGACAGGACAGUCCUUCCUCCACCUCCCGCUGUCGGUGAGGGCGGAGUCCAGAAACCCCGCCCCAUACCUCCUUUUGUUCCCACCACCAACCCUGACCAGCUCCACAUUCCUGCAGGAAAAAUGAACACCCGUGACCAGGUGCUUCUACCCCCUGCUCCUCCAUCCUCCCGAAACACACCAGGACUAACUUACCCCCCCAAUUUUCCCCAUGUGCCCACAGCCAACCCCACAGCCUCAGAUGAAAAGAGCCUGCCUGGCGCCGUGGAGGUGAUCAGGGAGUCCAGUAGCACCACAGGGAUGGUCGUUGGUAUCGUGGCUGCUGCUGCUCUCUGCAUUCUUAUCCUCCUCUAUGCCAUGUACAAGUACCGGAACCGGGAUGAAGGCUCCUACCCAGCUGACCAGAGUCACAGUUUUGCCAACAACUCCACUGUGGAGGGCAACGGAGCAGUGGUCAAAGACAAAAGCACAGCUGCAGCCUCCGUGGCAAAGGCCAUCACAAAGGGCAAAAAGAACAAGGACAAAGAAUAUUAUGUCUGA